AUGGUAGCUAGUACAGAACGUGGUAGCCCGUCUGGUGUUGGUGCUACGAUUGUGAUAGAUGUGGAUACUUUUGAAGUAGUCGACAAAUUUAUCUACCUGGGUACAUUAGUGACAUGUGACAACGAGGUGAGCCAUGAGAUUAAGAGACGGAUAGCGGAUGCAAACAGGGCGUUCUACGGAUUGCGUAAACAGCUGACGUCCCGCAGAUUGCAAAUCCACACAAAACUUGCGAUCUAUAAGACAUUGAUUCUCCCAGUGGCUCUCUAUGGCCAUGCCGCAUGGACACUAAUAGAGGCUGACAGGCGAGCUCUUGGUGUCUUUGAGCGUAGAGUCUUACGGUUCAUCAUCGGCGGCAAACUUGAACAUGGGCGCAGGCCUAUGAAUCAUGAGGUAUACCAGACGUACAAAUCGGCGGAUAUAGUCAACACGGCAGGCUACAGUGGGCUGGGCAUGUAG